AUGGAGAAGCAAAUCCCCGCCAGAGAGUAUGAAGAAGUAAACGCAGUGGCCAAUAUUUAUAUCGACGGUAUGAAAAAUUCGGACUGGUCUAUUCUCGCCAGUGCCUUUCGGGAAACAGCCAGCGUCUACGCACACAUCUCUGGGAAAUGGACAGAAUCCAACAUGCAUCAUCUUCAUGAGAUGCUAGAAAACUACCCGAAAGUUCCUGACUUCACCCACAACGUGAGUGUGAUUAGUAUGACACCAGUGGUUGCUGUUGUUAGGAUUGAGAUAGACUACGUGGAUACCUUCAAUCCAUUCACGGAUUUUAUCACAAUGGCAAAGGUAGAUGGAAAAUGGCAGAUUGUGUCGAAGGCUUCAUGCGAGUAUACCAAAUGA